AAAUCAAAAUAUUAAUUUAAAAAAUGUUUGGACAUUUUUUCUUUAUUCACUCUUUAUUGCCGUGAACAAAUGUUUUCUUCUGAACUUUCUGUUUUGGGUCAAAUCUCUUGUGCCAAAAUAGUAACAUAAUAUAUUGUUUACUAUAUAUUUUCAAAUAUUUUUGUUAUAGUAACAUGUCCUGAUAUAUUGUUACUAUAUUUUUAAACAUGUAUUUCUUACAGUAACCUGUCCAGAUUUAUGUUUAAAUUUUAUUUCCAUGGUAACACGUCCUGUUAUAUUGUAUAUAUUUUGAUAGUAACACGUCCUGUUAUUGGUUGGUGUCCCAAAAAAAGCGUGGCAUGUCAUAACGGCAGCCGUCUGACGUCACCGCAGUCUCCGCCCUCCACAGGGAAAGCGCACAUUCCUAUUGUCCAAGAUGGCGGCGUAGGUGCAGAUCCUCGGAUGCUGACAUGUUUUUAAACGAGUUUAUCCUUUUAUUUCGAUAUUUAUGCAAGUAUUCAGCGGUCCGAGUGGUAGCGUUUCUCUCCCGGAGCUGUCGUCCGCCACGUUAUCUUCACUAACACUCCUGGAAUUCUCUCUCCGGGCCGGAUUCCCGCUGCAGGCACCGAAAAGUUUGGGCUCCAUCAUCCUUUGAAAAUGAAGAGGCAGGCCGGGAGAGACACUAGUCCGUCCAGGGCCGCCACUAAACGGGUGCGGGAGAGGGAACGAGAGAGCACACGGAGAGAGGAGCUGCCACCGCCGCCGCUGGCUCUGCUGCUGGCGGAGAGCCGGGGAUAUCACCGGAGGAGCCGGAGCAGGGAGCGAGAGAAGCCGCGGCUCAGAGAGGAGCGAGCGGCCGCCCUGGAGCUCCACCACCGACAUGAGCUCAGCCUCCUCGGUCGACCGCCGCUGCGGACCACGGCGGCGGAGCUCCCCGCAGCCAGGCCGGGAACUCUGGAGUACAAAACGCUGCUCAUCAGCAACCUGGGCUCGCAGGUGUCGGACGAGGACGUGGAGGACGCGCUGUUUCACGAGUUCAAAAAGUUCGGGGACGUCAGUGUGAAGCUGUCGCACACUCCGGAGCUCGGCCGGAUCGCAUACGUGAAUUUUCGCCACCCGGAGGACGCCAAAGAGGCCAGGCACGCCAAGUCGUCCAGGUUGGUUUUGGGUGAUCGACAGCUUAAAAUCGAGCCGAUGUACGUGCGGAGGCGGAGCGUCACGCCGCCAGAUGUCGGAUAUGUGCCUCUGCACGCACCGUACCCCUACAGACAGCGGUCCCUGUCCCCGCCCGCGGCCGGGGUGAGCAACAUCAGGGACCUCAGAGCCAGACACUACGCCCUGGAGACCCUGGGACUCAGCAGAGAGAGGGAGAGGCUCUUGGAUUAUUACGGCAUGCUGGAUGAGAGGGGCCGGCCCUAUGGCUUCACUCCUAUGCCAGUAGUGGAGGAUCUAAAACCUGAGGAUGACCAGAGGGCGACCAGCAACCUCUUUAUAGGAAAUUUGGACGGUAAUGUCACAGAAGUAGAACUGAGGAGGGGUUUUGACAAGUAUGGCAUCAUUGAGGAUGUUGUGAUUAAACGCCCGGCUCGUGGACAAGGUGGAGCGUACGCUUUUGUAAAAUUUCAGAACUUGGACAUGGCCCACCGGGCCAAGGUGGCCAUGCAGGGGCGGCUGAUUGGUGGAAACCCGAUAAAGAUUGGUUAUGGUAAGGCUAACCCCACCACGCGGCUCUGGGUGGGCGGGCUUGGGCCUACGAACUCCCUCGCCGCCCUCGCCCGGGAGUUCGACCGCUUCGGAAGCAUCAGGAAUAUUGACUAUGUGAAGGGGGACAGUUUUGCGUACAUCCAGUAUGAAAGUUUGGAUGCGGCUCAAGCUGCCUGCGGCCAGAUGAGGGGGUUCCCUCUGGGUGGCCCUGAGCGGCGUCUGAGGGUGGACUUUGCUAAAGUCGAGGAGGGAACCUCUCGGCCGUUUCCUCCUGGUUAUCAGCCCCCCGUCACUCCCCUCUCUCACUACGAAAUCCUCGGGGAGACCUACAGCCGCCAUCGCAGCCUGGAACGAGAGCUGAGGGGAGCCAGGGACCGCUCCUCUCCCCCUCCACACAGCCUCCUCUCCCAGAGGGACAGAGACAGGGCCCUGCUGGAGAGAGACUACCCCACCAGCCCCACCCGGAGCGUGGAGAGGAGAGCGGCAGCAGUGGAAGCUUUUGGGAGGAGCGGGAGAGCAGCAAGGAGCCGCAGCAGGAGCAGAGAGCGGUGGCUGAAGGAGAGGGAGGAGAGGAGGAGCCGGAGGAGGAGCAGGAGUCCGUCCCCCGACAGGCUGACAGAGGAGAGGGACAGAGAGCGGGACAAAGAGAGGGGGAGGUCGAGGGUCCGGGUUCCAGGAGGGGCCGCGUCUCCUGACGCCAGCCCAGAUCGCGCACGGGUUCGAGCUCCUGACUCCACCACGGAGCCCAGAGACCAAUCCCCCGACAACGCUGUAGGAGGGCGUCACCCAGCCACCAACGAAGAAGAGCCGCCAUCUGGUCGCUACCACAGCAAGAGGUCCUCCAUCGAGCACCUCAACAAUCAUCACCAUCGAAACAGCGAGGUCGUCGCCGCCAGCUCUCCUGCGAUCCACACAGACACUAACACCUCGCCUCCUCCCAGCACGCUGUCAGAGUUCGCCCAGGCGUCGCUCUCCAAAGCGUGGCACGGCUUCUUCGCCCUGAAGAACAGCAGUUUUCCCACAGACCUGUACAUGCUGGAGGGGGGCGUCUCAUUCUUCAACACGGUGAUGAAGGACAGCCUGAAGCUGCAGAGCCUGAACCAGCCCAGCCAGCUGAAGAUCGCCCAGAGGCUCCGCAUGGACCAGACUCGACUUGAUGAGGUGUCGCGCCGCAUUAAACUCGGACGGCCUGACGGGUUCGCUAUCCUGUUGGCCACCCAGGGCCCCGUCGACCGCCAGGCCCCCACCCCUGAGCCGGGACUGCAGGUGCGCUUGCUUCGACACCUGGUGACGUACCUGCGGAACAAGGAGGCAGCUGGAGUCGUGAGCCUGCCCCCCGCAAAAGAGGGCGGGCCGGGAGCGAUGCUGUACGCCUUCCCACCGGGAGACUUCUCCCAACAGUACCUGCAGGCCGCCAAAAGGACUGUGGGAAAUCUGGACGAGGAGCACAUGGUUAUUGUUAUUGUUAAUGACACUAAUUAACUAUUACACUGCAGAGUUCAUACAUGUACAGACAUUUAAAGGAACAGUUCACCCAAAAAUUAAAACUCAGUCAUUCUCUCCUCCUCCUGCUGAUAUAAAGUCAGGUGAAGUGUCGUAGUCCACAGAACAGUUCUGGAGCUUCACAGUGAAACAGAGUUGCAGCGUUCUUCUAAACGACUGAAGCAGCUGAGACUUGAUUUAAAACAGAAACAACCAAAAAAAACCACAAUGUUUCCAUAAAGCUCGUCUGUUACGAUCACAGUCUGCAGGAGCCCCGAGAUCACAAACAGAUCUGAACACGUUUAGUUAACAGCUACAAGCAAGAUUUGUAAGAGGAUUCAAAUUCAAACUCAGUCUUAAUAUUCACAAUGAUAAUGAGGUAAUGAGACAAACUGUUUCCAUAAGUGAAUAAACAAGCUGUUCUCAGAGGAAAAUAAGGUUUGAGAACAUUGUUUGAAGCUAGACAGGUGGCAGGGUCCGCCACACACACACACACACACAU